UUCCUCCUGAAAGCCUCUAGACAAUUCAAGCUACGGGACUGACCCCAGGAACUCCACAUUACACCAGAGACGCCAGGAGGAGACAGCAGGACCGACCCGUCUUUACCUCUUAAAAUAAAUGAGAAAUACAACAAAGGAACCAUAAGAAAAAUUCCCAAAUUACUUUAUAUGAAGGAGGAAAAAUAACCUGUCAUAUUUUUCUGAAAGAAUUAACCAAAAUCCUGAGAAAUCACAAGAAAAUACCUAGAACGAAUGGAGGAGCAUGAUAUAAAAACGGAUAUGUAUUCAUCAGACCACACACAACAGACCAUUGACGGAUGUCAAUCAGUCUUGGCAGAAAAAAGUCCUCGUAAAGGUCGUGGCCCAGACGUGCUUUGUAAAGUGUGCUCUGAUUCCAGCAGUGGUAAACACUACGGCAUCUAUGCCUGCAAUGGCUGUAGCGGCUUCUUCAAACGCAGCGUGCGGAGAAGACUGAUUUACAGGUGCCAGGCUGGAACUGGAAGGUGCCCUGUUGAUAAGGCCCAUCGGAACCAAUGCCAAGCUUGCCGACUUAAAAAGUGUCUCCAAUCUGGGAUGAAUAAAGAUGCUGUGCAGAAUGAGCGACAGCCUCGAAGCACAGCUCAUGUCAGCCUAGAAUCCCUUAAUGUAGAGGCUAAAAAGGAGCACUUGGCCACCACAAGGGAGUUCUCAACCUCAGAUCCCUACUCAUCAGCCAUCUGCAGACCUCUGGUUACUUCAUCUGCCUCCAAUUCAUCCACUACACAGCCUUGCAGCAACCCAAGUAUCAGCCACCGCUUUAUGGUCAACCUGUUGACUGCAGAAACCUGUGCAAAACUGGAGCCUGAAGAUGUGGAAGAGAAUAUUGAUGUCACAUCAAAUGAUCCAGAGAGGCAUGACGCCUUAGAAGGUCACGCGUUUAACUCCAUAGAGAGCGUGUAUGAAACGUCAGCACGACUCCUCUUUAUGUCAGUAAAGUGGACCAAAAAUUUGCCAAUUUUUGCUCACUUGCCAUUUCGAGACCAGGUGAUUCUGCUUGAGGAAUCCUGGAGCGAGAUGUUCCUUCUGUGUGUCAUCCAGUGGUCUCUGCCCAUGGACAGCUGUCCUCUUCUGUCACUGCCGGAGCUUUCUCCCAAGCAGCAGGCCAAGGUCAGCCCGCCAACAUCCGACCUGCAGAUCCUGGAGGAGGUUUUCAAUCGUUUCAAGGCUCUGACAGUCGAUCCCACUGAGUUUGCCUGUCUCAAAGCCAUUGUGUUGUUCAAGCCAGAAGCACGCAGCCUCAAAGACCCAGAGCAGGUGGAAAAUUUGCAGGAUCAGUCUCAGGUGUUGUUGGGUCAGCACAUUUAUUCAGCAUAUCCCAACCAGAGCACCAGAUUCGGGAGGAUGUUACUCCUGCUGCCAUCCCUUCACUUUGUGAGUUCUGCAAAAAUAGGGCAGCUGUUCUUUCAAAGAACCAUAGGGAACACACCCAUGGAGAAGCUGCUGUGUGAUAUGUUCAAAAACUGAACACAUCCUGUUACUUUAAGUAUUUUGAUAUUGCAGUUUUAUUAUCCUACAAUAAUAAGUACUUGAUUAUUUUCAAUUACUACCUAAAGUUUUUCAGUGGUUUUCAGCUUGUUGUCAUGUUUAAACAUUUUCUUCAGCUUUAUCAUUGUGAUAUUUCACGUUAGUCUCAGUUUUGUAAUCACUACACACUAAUUGUCAAUUUAGCAUUUAGUCACAAACAGAUUUCUUCUUUUAAAAAACCCUGGACAUGACAGAUGCGAUGUGUGAACAUGUUUUGAUCCUUAAAUAAAAUGGAAAU